UCUCCUCAAUCACCACAUAUUGUUGUUGAUGUCGUCUUUGGUCCUUCAACUAAACUGUCUGUCUGGCUAUUUUCAAUCAAAACCCCAUAAUGGCUUCUGUUUCAUCUUCCUCUUUCUUCACACUUCCCUCUACAUUCUCCAAAUUCCAAUUUUACCCUCUUCCACUCUCUUCUUCUUUUUCAUGUUCUCGUCUUCUUUGUCGUGGAGGCUCCAACGUUCAACACGUGGCAAAUGACCUCAACUUCUUCUUGCAUGAUGCUCUUGAUGCUUCUGGAAUCAACACUAUCCACGCUAGAGAAGCACGGGAGGGAUUCUGCUCGCAAAUUAAGAGAUUAACUGAUAUUGAGAAAGAAACCAGUAUUUGCAUUAACAGGCAUGUUGAUUUGGGGAAAACAGCUCUUUAUAUAGCUGCUGAAGAUGAUUCUCUUGUAUCACAUUCAUCGGUUCCGCUUCCUGUUGAUGAUUUUGUUUCAAGAUUAGACGAUCUUUCAAUGGACUAUUGUCCUUACUACAACCCUCAAUGUGAUACAUCGCCGGAGAAGUUUUUUGAGAGUAUAGAGAGAUUUUUGUAUGUUCAUAAGGGUUUCAGAAGAACCAGUGCAAAUCUAUUGGAGCCACAAGCACUCUAUCUAAACUCGGUUUUGACGCAUCGUUCAGGAUCACCUGCAAUGCUGUCACUUAUAUACUCAGAAAUUUUAAAAAUGCUUCGUUUGUGGGGGCUUUUGUAUUUUGAUGCUGAAAUCUUCUACCCUCAUGAUGUUCUUAAUGUUCCAAAAGGCUAUCAUAAGCAGAAAAGCAAGGAAUCAGACCAAGCACACAUAAUGACAUCAGGGAACUUAUUGGUUGAGAUCCUAAAUAAUCUGAAACACGCAUUCUGGCCUUUUCACCAUGAUCAUACAAAAUCGUUAUUCUUAAGGGCUGCGCACGCUGCUAACUGUGCUGACAGAUCUGAUUUUGUUGGAGAAAGUGGCUCUCAAAUUGCAUCAGCUAAGGCUGCUCAACAUAGACUGGAUCGAGGUGUUUGGACCACCGUACGCUUUGGCGACAUGAGACGUUCACUGUCUGCAUGUGAACGCCUUAUCCUCGUUACAAAUGAUGCAAAUGAGCUACGAGAUUACAGCAUUCUUCUCUAUCAUUGCGGAUUAUACAAUGAGUCGCUACAAUACCUGAAGAAGUAUCAAGAACUAAAGAACUCAUCUACACAAGUGACUUCAUCAUCAGACUCUGAAAGAAGCACCGAAGAAGAAGAUGCUGCUGUCGAUAAACUGAUGAUGCGUUUGAAUCUCAUCCAGUUAGAACAAGGGUGGAGUCGUCCAUCCGUUGCUAGAAAUUUUCUUGGUAACAACUCUGAUCCAUGGUAGUUCCUCUUUCGUUUCGAUUGGCACAACAUCAUAGAAGAAUUUUGGUCAGCCCAUAAUUAAAAUGAAAGUUGAUAGCUGUUCACAAUAGCUUGCAAGCUCUGCAAUCAAACAAUUGUAAAUGUAGUUGCAACAUCUGAAGUGAACGAUCUUGGAAUUCGGAUCGGACUUUACUCGUCUUUCAAUAGAUUUGGAACGCCCGAGAUUUUCCAAUAAAUGGAAAGACAACACAGAUAGAUUUAAAGUAAGAUCAUAUAUAUACAAGGAGGAAAAAAAAUUCUAUAGCUAUUGCCAGUGUUUCUGUAAUUAUGUAAUUUUUACGUGUGAUUUUCAUGUAAAUUAUGUACCAGCUUUUAUCUGACAAAUAUAUACACAUUACAAUACCUUUGAGAUGCACCUAACUCAAACAAUAAAGUAAAAAAUAGUGACAUAUACUCCUAA